AUGGCUCAGCAAAAGGACUUUGGAGGAACAGACACCUCCCACCACAACUUCAGCAGCUUCAGGAUCAAAAGCUUAGGAUGGGCUAACCCCUGCACAGAGAAGGGAGGGGGUUCUCCAACCCCCUUCCCCCCUGGAAAGCGGGGAAUAGCGGGCCGGGGGUGCUUGCGCGAAGUGGGGAGCUCCUGUGCGCUUUUUGGGGAGGGGGUCGGUAGUGAGAGUGGGCAGGAGAAGUGCAGGGCAAGGCAGGAGGGGGCUGAAACCAUUCGCAGGCUCCGUGCGGAGCCGGGAGGGGAUGUUGUCAUCUUUGUUUUGGUCGUGUUGUUUUGUUUUCCAGGGGAUUGGGACAAUAGCUGGAGUGGAUUAUUCAUUCCCGUAGGCAAUACUUCCCUGUAUGGGCUUCAGGAUGCAGUUGGAGGCUCGGGAACAAAGCGGGCAUCUAAUGUCAAGGCUCCUUCCGAGGAAGAAAUAAUUCUGCUGGGACCCCGUGCCUGGACUUUGGAGGGCAUGGCGCAGCGGUCUGAUCUGAAAGCACCGUCCCUGUGGGUAGAAACUCUCCUCUGCAUUGCGCGCCUUGCAAGAAAGGCAGCGAGGGGGCACUCGGAGUGACCAGGCAUCUGGCAUCAAGGAGCAGCCACCCGCUUCACGCUACUGCGGAGGGAAGUUUGUUCCCAAACCGAAUACUUUGUGGUGCUCGGUACUGGUGUCGAAUUGGUU